AUGUUAGAAUAUCUCGUAUCUUGGAAGGGAUACGGUCCCGAGUUCGACGAAUGGUACCCGAGACCACUGCUGAUGCAGAACGCCGCACAGCUGGUCGAGGAGUUUUACAAGAGCCACCGGCUCUCUCUCGACGAGCUGAAACUAGCCAAGGACUCGGAUUCGACUGGCGAACCAACCCCUGCCACACAGGACAAUGAUGCCCCUACCGUGGUCCUUCCGGAAGGCCAACAGGCCGACUGGAAGGUGGCUCAUGUUGUCAAGAGAGGGCGGGGGAGGCCAAGAAAGCUGUCCAAGAGAGUCCUUUUUGUUGGCGGUGGCGACGAUGCUUCGAAGGAGGAGAGCCAGACAAUGAACGAGGAUGGAGACGAAGACGCGGCCAUGAUUUAUCGACAGUUGGCGGAGUCCUUUGAAGAAGAGAAUCUGGACGGCGAGGGAAGCGACUAG